AUGCGCCGUCUACAGCUAUCGCUUUUGGCAGCCUUGCCGCUGUGCAGGGCCAAGUCCCGGGCCUUUAGCAUCCACGAAGACCUGCUGGCCUUUCCGCAGCAGUUCGAAGUCGUCUUCUCCGACCGCUUCAUCUCGGAACAAGAUGCGCAGUCGCUGCUCGAAUACAACAUUGAGCAUCCAACGUACUCGGCCGAAUCCUCCCAGCCCACAAUCAGCGAUGCCAGCGGCAACCAGGGCCAUCAGGAUGGGCGAUAUCGUGGCGGCGCUCCUCUCACGUACGAGGUCAUGAACAUGCCGCCACAUCGCUACCUCUGCGCUAUCCCCGUCAUCGAACCCCCGACGCCCGAAAACCAAACCGCGACCGAACUUGCCAAGGCCGAGGAGGAGCGUGAACUUGAUCGAGCGGCGAUUAGUGGCUGGAACCUUCUCAGCCAGCUCGAAGACACAUGCCUCUACUUCAUGUCCGGAUGGUGGAGCUAUAGGUUCUGCAACAAUCGCGAGAUUGUGCAGUUCCACGCUCUUCCUUCCACGCCCAUGGGAAAGCCGCCCCAGCGCGAUCCCCAUGCGGCCCAGUACGUCCUGGGCCAGGCCCUCCCCGAAAGCUCCGACUUGGAUUCGGAAUCCGACCCUAGCGAAUCCAAGCUGCCGGCCGAGCUGCAAGUAAAAGGCGAUCAACGAUACCUGGUGCAGAAGCUCGAAGGGGGGACUAUAUGCGAUCUGACGGGGAGGCCGCGCACAAUUGAGGUGCAGUACCACUGUGUUCCGGGGAUGCAAAACGACAAGAUUGGGUGGAUCAAGGAGGUUACGAUAUGCGCCUAUGUCAUGGUCGUCAACACUCCGAGGCUGUGCGGCGAUGUUGCCUUUUUACCUCCCGAGGAGAACAAGGCAGAUGCCAUUACGUGCCAGCUCAUCACGGAUGACGAGAAACAGACUCCUCCUCCGCUGCUUGAUCAGCACGCAUCUGCGUCUCGGUAUUUCCAGCAGGAGGAGCUGAUAGAGCAAGCAGAGGAGGCAUUGCUAGCAACUGAUGGCGGCCAGCUUACCGUUGGCGGCGUGCUCGUCGGGGGACGCAAGUCUCUCUCUGCCGGCGAUCAGGAUGGCCAGCCUCCUAUGAUAUUGGCGCCGCCUCGAAACUACAUCAACACCCAACAAGCCGCGGAGCAGCUCAUCGAGGUGCUCAUCAAGGCAGCCAGCAAGCAGGACGGCGGCCAAGUCGACCGGCUCAGCAAGGAGAAGCUCGAGAAGCUGAACCUCAGCCCCGACAUGGUUGACCAGUGGGAGCAGGAGAUGAAGGAGAAGGCAGGCGACAAGGGGUGGCAACUGGAGAUUGUGGGCGACGUUGACGACGUGCAGAGACAUCUCCGGGGAUGGAUGCACGAAGAGGAGGGCGAUGGCGGCUUGGCGGAGCAACAGGCCGCUGCUGCGGCCAAGGGAGCCAAGGCGACGGAGAAGAAAAAGAAGACGGGCGGCGGCAGUGGUGCCAGUGAUGGUCGGAAGGGGAGGCAAGACGACGAAGGGAGCGAGGAGCAGUUCUUCAAGGAGGAGCUAUAGGCGGCUUCACAAAGGAGAAUCAGGAGGCGAGAGAUAGAAGUCCAGUUUUGGGGGGUUAUUUUUAUUGUUGUUCUUCGUCUUUGGGAGUUACGGGAUCUCGCAUGAUAGCAAUCAUGAUUCUUUUUGCGCUGGUGGGUUUAUGCCGAGCGCAGCAACUGCAUUAUGACAAGCAUAGGUAUAUAGCCAUCAUGAAUAUGAGCACGGGUCUUGUCUUUACUGU